UUAGAAAUAAGAUCGAUUUGAAGCGUCGUUGUGUUAUCGUUUGCGUGUGUACUGAAUAUUUUCUGUGGUCGAUGAACGUCUAUGAAUGUCAGUUUGUUUUGACAAAGUAGGCGCUGAAAUAGAUUUGCAAUACUGGUGGUUAUUGUGUAGUUUUUGGGUCUGUAAAACGUUACUGAUGACAGUAUGCUUGGUUGCUGCAGGACAGUGUGCUCAUUCUGACAUCACAAUGAAAGAAAACUGCCUCCUGUCAGUCUUGUAUUUGAAUUGAAGCAGAAUCAAGGUUGUCAGCAUGUCACUGUUGGCAGAACUGGAGGAAUUACAGCGUUGUUUGGAAGCUGAUUCAGAUUCCGAAGAUGCAUGCAACCUUGCAGCCCCGACUGCAGAUUCUGAAACUUCUGAAAAGGAAGAUGUGUCAUCAUUUGCAAACAGGAACAAAGGUGAACCUACAGGUUUGGUGCAAGACUGUGUACCCAGACAUCCAUUACAUGCAGAGGCUGUUUGUAAAACCUCAGAUGUUAAGGAAGGUAAGGUAGUCUUAGAUAAUGCAGAUGUAGUAGUUCAGAAGUUUACAACACUCUCUGCUGCAAACUCGGACAAAACUGAAUCUGCUGCUCAAGUCUCCACAACCCAAACCUCAUCACAGGAGUCUAGUGCCAAUAAAGGACAUACUUCAAAAAGUUUUAGACAAGAAGCAGCAGCAGUUGAAAUGGUAACAAUGAAGAAUGUUUUACCAAAAUCAGGAAUGAUGCAAGCAAAUGUAAGCAGAGGUUUGGCUGAUGGAAAAGUUUCCAGAGAAAAACUUCUUACAGAUGUCUGUACCAAGGAUUCCCCAUCAAAAGAUUUGAAAAUAUCUAUUUUGAGACGAGAUGAACUUAAAGCACCUUCAAAAUUGGAAGAAGUGAAAAUCCUCACCCGUAAGGUGUCAGACACCUCAGCAUUCGAUAAAGGUUCAACAAAUACUGAUUCAUUGCCCACAGGUAUAAGCAAAAUGGAUGGAAGGUCACAGAUGUCCAUGUCCAAAACAUUACCUGUUUCUUCCCCAGCAUUGGCCAGUGAGGACACUUUGAUUUUUGAAGAAUUGAAACUGGAAGGUGUGGCUGAUGUUAAUAGGUCACCAUUUCAAACAAAGGAAGAUCCAUCAAAAGAACAGAUAAAUGUAAACAAACCCAUAGCUGCUGCCAGACAGGCCCAAGCCAUAGUUUCUGCUACAAGUAAGUCAGAAGAAGCGAAACUGCCAAAUGUUCCUUUGAAGGUGCGUGCUUCAGAUGCUGGUCCUGUUGUUAGUAGUAAAAGUGAAAAUGAAUCCUCUAGCCCAUUGCGGGCCUCACAGUCAAUUCAUAAAGCAUCCAGAACCUGUGUGAACAGCACAACAAACAAGAAAUCUUCAUUGGAUUCUGAUCGUCACACAGGUGGAAGAGUUCAGCCAACCCCUAGCAGCUCUGUGUUCAGUGCGGAUUCUAAAUUGUCCAGACUGGAGGAGGUGAGAAUUUCAAAUAACAGACCUGUCAUAAGGGUAUUAGGUGUAUUGCCAGAUUCUAAGAAAAGUAAAAACAAGACAGCUGGAGUUUCAGUGAGUUCUCCUGCUUCAUUAUCCAUCGUCAGAAGGGGGAACAUUCCCAGGCAAGGGGGACCUGCAAAUAGUCCCCCAGGGGCUACAAAAAGAAACAUUUCCUUUGAAACUGUAUCACUUGUUGGUCAACUUCUUGGAGAAACACAACCCACAGUUGUUAUUGAGACUUAUAAACAAAAGAACUCAAAACAGUUGGAAAAGGAUAAAGAAGGAACAAACCUUAAGAAAAGAAAACUUUCUGCAGAUGCUGGCUCUCCAUGUGUAAGCACUGCCAGCUCACAGUAUGUUCCAGAAACAUCAGUGCCAGCAGUGAAACGGAAGUUACCAGAUGUUUCUGUCAUGGAAGGAAAUGUACCUGUUGAUUCUGAAUGUCAGCUUCAGAAGAACAUGAGAGUACAUCGAGAUUCAGAAGGAAAACACAAACAAGAAUUUUGCACCACAUUGGGACUUGAGACAGGAAUGGCUGUUGAAGGCUCUGAGGCAGUAACUGUUGGCACACCUGCUUUAAGAAAAAGAAGAGCAACAUCUGAUCCAGUGGCAUCUUCAGAUGUUAACAAGAAUAAAGGCUUGUCACUUCCUGGAGGCAAGAGAAGAAAGCUCUCUUCUUCUGAAAUUAGUGGCUUGUCUGAACAAACAUUGAGUUGAGAAUCUGCAGGCAGUGUUACAGUG